CUCGAUUCCCCUCCGCGUCCAGCUUUCCAUAGGAGCCAGCCGCACCGCACCGAAUCAUCCCGAUCCCCCAUCGUCUCCGCUAGCCACCCCCGCUCCCGAAUCCGGCGCACCAUCGUCGAAACCCUAACCCUAGCUCCGCACCAGCCAUGGCGCCCGCCGCCGGCGCGACCCGGGCCGUGGUCCUCCGCCUCGACGACCUGUCCCUCCCGCCGCGGUACCUCACCGCCGCGUCCCACCUCCCCGUGUCCGACCUCCUCAGCUUCCUCCCCCUCCCCUCCUCCUCCUUCUACCUCACCACCGACGGCCGCCCGCUCGCGCCCUCCGCGCCCGUCGCCUCCCUCGCGCCGUCCGGCUCCCUCGCGCUCCGCCUCCGCGCGCUCCGCGGCGGGGGCGGCGAUGGCGGGUCCACCUGCGCCGAGUCCCGCGACUGCUACCUCUCCAUGUACCUCGCGAAGAAGCCCGACAAGGCCGACCCCAACGAGGCCCGCCUCUCCCGCUUCACCUGCUGCGCGCUCUCGGGGGAGCCCCUCGCCGCGCCCGCCGUCAUGGAUCGCCUCGGCAACCUGUUCAACAAGGAGGCCCUCGUCGAGGCGCUCAUCCACAAGCGCCUGCCCAAGGCGCUCUCGCACAUCCGCGGGCUCAAGGACAUGAUCCCCAUCCACCUGCACCCCAAGCCCAACGCGGCGGACCAGGAGGUUCGUUUCCAGUGCCCGGUCACCGGGUUCGAGUUCAACGGCAAGUCCCAGUUCCUCGCGCUCCGUGGAUGCGGCCAUGUGCUGAGCGUGAAGGCUCUCAAGGAGGUGAAGUCUUCCUCGUGUUUGGUCUGCCAUAAGGAGUUUGAUGAGACGGACAAGAUGCCCAUCAAUGGUACCGAGGAGGAGGUGGAAGUGUUGAGGCAGAGGAUGGAGGAGGAGAGAGGGAAGCUGAAGGAGAAGAAGGAUAAGAAGCUGGCGAAUGGGCUCAGUGGGAGUAAGCAUGCUGCUGCUGCUGCGGUUGCAGACGCUGAGAAGUUGGAGAGUGGGAAGAAAGGGGAGGCUGCCCCAGCAAAGCGGUUUAAGGCUGCAGAUCAUGCACCGGCUCAUGCAAACAAGAAAGUGUAUGCGUCAAUUUUCACUUCUUCCAAUAAGUCUGAUUUCAGGGAGACAUACUCAUGCCGGUCACUCCCCCUAGGAAGGAAUUAAAUCGAUGUUGGGGAGAUUCCAAUGGCAUGGAGGCGAACCUCUUGUACUGAUUCAGCGAUUAGCUUCAUACCAUGGCUCGCCCAUAAGUUCUGGUAUUUUUGUUUUAGCUGUUGGUGUUAUCUAUGCUUGAUUGCUGUGUGGAGCUUUCUAGUUUUCACUCGCAGAGAAGCAAUAUGUUUUUAUAAACGAUUUGUGAAAUAUGUAAUGGCUGUAACACAUAUCAUUGAGUCCAGUCUUCUCUAGCAAUUUGUCUGAGUAAUGCUGUGGUUUUCAUUCAGAGAUAAGCAAUAUGUUUUUAUGAAUGCUUUGUGAAAUAUGUAAUGGUUGAAACAGUUGGAGCUUA